AAACUCGAAUUCAGUUUGACUUGAACAACUCAAGGCAACGGCUGUGUGUGGAAUAGGAAACCGAAAAAGCAGGGACCUCGCGGAGAUAAGUGUUUUCGAAACAGUGAAAAAGGAUCUAAUAAUAACUGUAAAAAUUUAAUUGAAUGAAAAAUUAUUUAAUUAAAAAUUAAAAAUUUUCAAGCAUUUUAAUAACGGUUUCUAAAUUGCAAGCAAAUAAAAUGGCUGGCGAUAAAGUACACACAAGUGGCUCCAACACCUUGCAGGGUGAACUAGUAAGUGACGCACACGAUCCAGUUUAUAUGGACGCUUAUAACCGGUCCAUUUCAAAUCCUGUGGAAUUCUGGGGUGAGCUCGGACGUUUAAUCGAUUGGCAUAAGCCAUGGGAUCGUGUUAUGGAUAACAGUAAUCCACCAUUUACGAAGUGGUAUUGUGGUGGUUAUGUGAAUGCUUGCUAUAAUGCUGUGGAUCGGCAUGUACUCAAUGGCAAUGGCAAUAAAGUGGCGUUAAUUUACGAUAGUCCAUUGACUAAUACUGUGCGUCAUGUCACCUACCAAGAGCUCUAUGAUGAGGUUAGUGUUUUUGCCGGCGGUCUCGCACAUUUGGGACUGAAGAAGGGCGAUCGCGUUGUUAUCUACAUGCCUUUGAUACCCGAAGCGAUUGUCGCCAUGUUAGCCACGGUGCGACUCGGUGCUGUGCAUUCCGUGGUAUUUGGUGGGUUUGCAGCCAGCGAACUUUGCAUGCGUAUUGAACAUGCUGAACCGAAAUUUAUACUCUCGGCGAACUGUGGUGUUGAACCAAAUAAGGUUGUACCCUACUUAGAUAUAUUACAUGCAGCUGUUGAAAUGUCAGAAUGGAAACCGAUUUGCAAUAUCGUAUAUAUACGUGAUAAUAUUUUACGUAGCGGCAAUUUGAAUUGGAAAACCGAUAUGUUGUGGGAGUCAGUACAACAUUUGGGUCAACCGAUCGAUUGUGUGCCCGUCGAGGCUAAUGAUCCACUUUAUAUACUCUACACGUCGGGUACCACGGACAAACCGAAAGGUGUGCAACGACCAACGGGUGGUCAUUUAGUGUCACUGAUAUAUACAAUUCAAAAGAUCUACGGCAUUAAUCCUUCUGAUGUGUGGUGGGGUGCUUCGGACUUGGGUUGGGUUGUUGGACAUUCCUAUAUGUGUUAUGGUCCACUAUUACUUGGUGCAACAAGCGUGAUGUAUGAGGGUAAACCAGAUCGUACACCCGAUCCGGGCCAGUACUUCAGAAUUAUAGAACAACAUCGCGUCAAUGCGCUCUUUUCUGUACCAACUGCAUUCCGCGUUAUACGUCGUGCUGAUCCAGAAGUUAAACAUGGAAAAAAGUAUUCUCUUAAAUCUCUGCGCAACGUAUUCAUUGCUGGUGAACACUGCGAUAUGGAGACAAAGAGCUGGAUGGAACGCGUUUUCAAAGUUCCUAUACUGAAUCAUUGGUGGCAAACCGAGACCGGCUCGCCCAUUACCGCAACAUGUACCGGUUUCAAACAUAGUCUGAACCCGCCAAAAUACUCAACUGGCUUACCAUUCCUAGGUUACAAUAUUAAGGUCCUAAAACCCAAUGGUGAGGAAUGUGAGACAGCGAAAUUAGGUCGCAUCGCUUUGAAAUUGCCACUUCCACCUGGAUUCAUGUCGACACUUUACAAAAAUGACGAGCUGUUCAAGAAAACUUACUUCCAGAAAUACCCGGGCUACUACGACACAAUGGAUGCUGGUUAUAGGGAUGAAAACGAUUAUAUUUUUGUCACGGCACGUGACGAUGACGUUAUAAAUGUGGCUGGUCAUCGUAUUUCAACAUCCAGUUUAGAAGAUGCGGUGCUACGUCAUCCCGAUAUAGUUGAUGCCGCUGUAUUCGGCGUGCCAGAAGCGACCAAAGGACAAGUACCACUCUGUCUUUAUAUACCAAAGGAUAACAGUAAGAGGACUGGCGCUAAACUCUCUGCAGAAAUCGUUAAAAUUAUACGUGAUGUUGUGGGGCCCAUUGCCGCUUUUCGCUUAGUGGCGCCUGUGGGGGCAUUGCCACGUACACGGUCGGGCAAGACGAUGCGCCAAGUAAUGGCGGAUUUCGCAAAGAAUCAGUUGGUCGAAUUGCCAUCCACAAUUGAAGAUCCGACGGUGUUUACUGACUUGCGACGAGCAUUACAAACUUUGGGUUACGCAAUGAAUGCGCCGGAUCCCACAUUGACUACUAAAAAUAUUUCAGAGAAUUAAAAGGAAUUCAGCGGUAACCAAAGAUUAGUACAUACAUAUGUUAAAACCGUUAAUAUAACUUUGAAGUAGUUUUUGUGUACGAUAAUGUAGAACGAGCAUAAACGUAACAUAAACGAAGUUGAAUUCGUUUUCUUAUGUUUUAAUUUAAUAAAACAAGGAGUCUUUAAUGUAGUUGUGUUUGCUGUAAUAAGUAUAAGGGAUUCUACAAAUAAAUCAUUAUUAUCGUACAAAUAUA